CCUUCGCCUUCCGAACUCUCCGCCAAAACCUUCCCCCCAUCCCAAUUUAAAAAUUUUCAACCAUUCCCUCUAAUUUUCGAAUGGAAUACUCAUCUUUAAUCUCUCAUAUUUCCUUCUCACUUCACUUUCACUUUCUUUUUUCUCACUUCCUUUCCUCAUUUUCUCCCUUUAACAGUCUAUUUUCAUAUCUUUACAAAUCUGAAAUCAAAGCCCUACUAAGAUCUCUUGUCUCUUUCUCUCUCCAUAUCUCUCCUUCACGACCACCGUGUGCGGCCUCAAUCAUUGGCGACCGUCGCAUGUUUUAAGGUCACACUUCCUCUCCUUUUUAUAUAUAUAUGUGUACUGAGUUUUGUUUUAUAUUUUUCUUUUCUUUAGCCGCCGCCACCACCACUGGUUGCCGGAAAACUGUAGGUUUCUUCAGUUAAAUUUUUAGGCUUUGGUUCUACAAAGGAGAGGAUUAGGGAGAGAAUAGUGAGAAAAAGAGAAAGAUUGCUAGGUGGAGAAGAUAAGAUAAUUUGUAAAAGAGACUAAAUUCGCACUGUUCUUGCCUAGAACAAUAGGGCUCAUGAUGAUGUCGAAAUCCACAAUAUUCUAUAAUUUUUUGUUUAAUAUUUUUAAGUUAAAGUAAAUUAUAACUCAAUUAAAAAAAUUGCCCAGGAUUUGUAUAUUCACCUAAUCACAAUCUAAUACAUUUUUAUUGUUUAUGGGUUUGUUCUGGUUCUGGGUGUGGUUUUCUAUAUUUGGGAUUGUAAUUUAUUUGAUUUUUUUUUGGGAUUUUUCCUUUUUUAGUGUUGAGGUUGCACAGUAGCUGUCAUAUAGCAUCUGACUUUUGUUUAGAUUUCCUAAAAUGGAGCGGAUUGGAGCAAUUAAUUUUUGGGUAUAGUUUUUUUGUAUGUAAUCGUUUAAUAUUGUUGUCUCAGGUGGGUUUUUCUUAGUUGAGUUUAUGGAUUUUUUAAUUUAAUUUUUUUGGUUAAACUUGUUGUUUAAUUUUGCAAAAAUUGAGUUGAUUGUACCUGCAUUUUGUUGAAAUCGUUCAUUAAUUAAUAGAUGAUUUUUUG